GUAGAAAAUUCCAAAGAUGCUUGUGAUGGAAUAUGGAGAUUUAAUGGCGGACAAAAUAUUCCUUGAGGUUCCAGAUGGUGCAGUUUGGCCAGUAAAACUGACUAGGCCCUGCAACGGAGAGAUUUGGCUGCAAAAGGGAUGGCCAGAAUUCGCGAAAUUUUACUCCCUGAAGCAUGGUUGCUUGUUAUUCUUCAGAUAUGGAGGGGAACAUUCCCAUUUCAGAGUUCGCAUUUUCAUGAGAAAUACUCUAGAGAUGAAGUAUUUCAGUUCAAGCACUGAUGAUGAAGCUGAAGGCAAUUCCAAUCCAAGUAGUGAAACCGAAGGUCAAGGAAAUAAGCAUGACAGGGAUUUAGCAUUGAGAACUUUUGCGAAGACAGAACUUGAAGAUUUAGCAUACUCAAAAGCUUUAAGCUUCAAAUCUAACAAUCCAUUUUUGUGUGAUGAAAAUGCAUCUAUCAUACUUAUCAACUCACCUGGUAAGCAACCCUAAUGAGGUUAGGAGAGAAAUGAGCUGGAC